AUGUUCACUCGUGAAUGGUGGGCCAAGCGCCGGCUCAAGGUGCAAGACAACAAGACGACCAAAGCUGCCGAGUUGACGCUGCGCCAGUCCAUCUUCCCCAUCUUUCUUGUCACCAUCCUAUUUUUACUGUGGGGCUUUUCAUAUGGCCUUCUUGACACCCUGAACAAACACUUUCAGGAUGUUCUCGAGAUUACAAGGGCGAGAUCUGCAGGUCUACAAGCUGCCUAUUUUGGUGCCUACCCUCUUGCAUCGCUUGGCCACGCAGCAUGGAUUCUGCGCCACUACAGCUACAAGGCUGUCUUCAUCUGGGGUCUUUUCCUCUAUGGAGUUGGAGCCCUGUUAUGUAUUCCCGCCAUUCUAGGCCGGUCCUUCGCCGGCUUCUGCAUGGGCAUCUUUAUCAUCGGUAAUGGCCUCGGCUCCCUCGAGACGGCGGCGAACCCCUUCAUCACCGUCUGCGGCCCGCCCCGCUACUCGGAAAUGCGUAUCAACCUGUCUCAGGCCUUCAACGGUAUCGGAACCGUCAUCGCCCCCGUAAUGGGGUCCUACGUCUUCUUCCGCGCCCUCGACGAUGAAGCUGCCCUGCGCAACGUCCAAUGGGUCUACCUAGCCAUCGCCUGCUUUGUCUUCUCUCUUGCCGUCGUCUUCCUCCUCAGUGACAUCCCCGAGAUCACCGACGCAGAUAUGGCUCGCCAGGCCGAGGAGACCCACGCAGGUGAAGGAGAUCAGCCUUUUAGGAAGCAAUACCGUCUUUUCCACGCCGCCUUUGCCCAGUUCUGCUACACUGGCGCCCAGGUCGCCAUCGCCUCUUUUUUCAUCAACUAUGCUGUCGAGACUCGUCCCGGGACCGACUCUGCCGUUGGCGCCCAGCUCUUCGCAGGUGCUCAGGCCGCGUUUACCGUGGGGCGCUUUUCCGGUGUUCUCUUUAUGCACUUCUUCAAGCCGCGCCUUGUCUUUGGCGCCUACCUGACCUCGGUCUGCAUCUUCCUGAUCCCGGCCAUCCUUGUGCGAGGAAACACUGCCGUUGCCAUGCUCUUCAUCGUCCUCUUCUUCGAGUCCAUCUGCUUCCCCACCAUCGUCGCCCUGGGCAUGCGCGGACUGGGUCGCCACUCGAAGCGCGGUUCCGGACUGAUCGUUGGUGGUGUCCUUGGCGGCGCCGUCGUCCCGCCCCUGACUGGCGCGGUGGCUGAUAUGCACGGCACCCAGAUCGGCAUGGUGGUGCCGCUGGCUUUUAUGCUCGCCGCAAUUACGUACGCCGUUGCCGUCAACUUCCACCCUUGGUACCGUAAUACGGCCGAUGCCUUUACCGCUGCCGAGAUCGGUAUCAACUCGAACACUGGGACGGACGAGGGGCUCGAGAAGGGGGUGAUUCAUGAGCAUGAUGAGAAGCGGACAGCGGAGAAGAGGGUCGACGCCGCUAUGGCCAACCCCCUGUGAUGAUGAUGAGUUUUCUGCCAUGUCUGAUGAUGAAAAGGUUGAUAUUUGAUGGUUGUUUUCUUAUAUCAUCAAGAUGAUACCCAUUUGUAUACAUGUCGGUAUAUUUGAACCAAGUCUAGCUAAAAGCUACUGUUGUUUUGCGGGCCAAUGUAGACAUAUAGAUACAUACUGUCUUUACAUGACGAAAUCCGGUUUUGUUUUAUUGCCAA